AUGGAGGAAGCUCAACAAGAGAAUGAAACGAUAAACGCGAGAGAAAAGUUCGACGUCGAGAAGCUACGCCCAAUCAUGCGUAGAGUACUCAACGCAGAGCUCACGAACGCAAGUUAUGAAGAUCUCGAUAAGGAGAGUACAACGAGAAUAGCACACAAGAUAAAGCAAGCGAUGUUAGAGAUAUCACCAAGCGACUACAAGUACAUUGUUUUGGUGAACGCAUCAAAGAACAACAACCAAGGUGGAAGAGUUGACGCGUCUAUGCAUUGGGAGAUGGAUGCCGAUACAUUUGUACAAGAUAUUUAUCAAAGUGAUUUAUUGAUCUGUAGCUCAAUAGCAUUCGCAAUUAGACUCUAAUAUACCAUCUAAAGCUCUCCGUUGAGAAUCGCCUCGGUUUUAUCGUCAUGCGGCCACCACGAUGGGAUAGAUGCGUUGACUUUAUAGCGACCACCGUUUUCCGUUGUUACAAACAUAUCCUCUGAUGCUCUCACUAGCAUUUCUAAUCUAAAUAAACCAAUACCGUCAUAGCUGCCAUCUGUGUUUGCAAUGCCUGUACAUAACUUUCCUGCUUGUUUUGGUUUCUUGAUAGUAGGUAACUGCGCGUAGAUAUUUGUCAUUGGCGCUGGAAUCCCGUCUGGAUUUCCAUCAAGUGGAGUCAAUUUCAUAGGCAAAACACGCUUUCUAACAACACCUGUGUGAUGAGUGCGUAUCGUAAGUUCUUGUCCUACGUAGCAACCUUUACGGAAGUUUACACCGUUCAUGUAAUCCAAAUUACACUCUAAAGGCAAUGAUUUAUCGGGCCAUAUGUCAUCUAUACCCUCUGGUAUACCCAAUUUAUAUCGAUCGCGAGUGUAUUCCUCCAAAGAAUUACUUUGUGUGUGCUCACAAGUCGAAAUGAUACGAUUAGCGAGCGAAUUAAACGGUGAUGGAAUGCGUGGAUCUUGCAUACUGGCUAUUGAAUCAUUUGGUAUAUCAUUACUAGCAUAGACUGUGGCAUUAUCCAUCUUAUGUAAUCUAACUUUCGAUCGAAGUUGGUACUUCUUACAAAGCGCUAAAACGCUAUCGGAUACCCGAUUGUCUACUUCUAAAUAAUAAGAAUUGUUGUCGUAUGGGUAGAUGAAUGUAUCAUAAAGCAUUCUACCUUGAGGUGUUAAGAAAGCAGCGUAUCUACCACCGUCGGACGGAGUUGGUAUAGUUUGUGUACAAAUACCAUUAAGGAAUUUAAUGCUAUCUAAUCCAGUUAAAUUUAAUACUGAACGUGGUAACGGUAUUUUCAUUCUGGCUGCUUUGAUAGUAAACU